AUGAAUUUCGUCAAGCCACCAGAAUUCAACGUUGGAGAUUCGUGGCCGCUUUAUGAAGAACGCCUGAAGCGAUUUUUUGUGGCGUAUGGAAUCGAAGAAGCGAAAGACGAACGGCGAGCUGCUUUCCUGUUGACUGCGGUUUCCAUGGAAGUCUAUCAAAUCGUGAAAAAUUUGUGCUUCCCGAAGCUUCCUGAAGAAAAGAAGUUUUCCGAGGUCUGCGACUUGCUGAAGCAGCGGUUUACCCCGACGCUGGUUGUGUUCCGAGAGCGAGCACGGUUUUUCAAAGCCCGGCAAGGUGAUGCGAAAUCGAUAAUGGAAUGGUCCACGAGGUUGAAGAAGCUAGCAGCCAAUUGCGAUUUUGGAGAAGAUCUGGACGUGUUCAUCAAGAACUUGUUCGUGGUUGGACUGCGUCGCGGUCCACUAUUCGAGCGAGUAUGCGAGGAAGAAGCUACGGCCAGUUUCGACGUUUUGAUGAAGAUCGCACUGAAGAAAGAAUCGACCCUCCAACAGCGUGGCGUUUUGAACGUGCACAAGAUCCAGCAAGGUGCGGAGAAGAAGCAGUGCAAGAGUGAUUCACGGUGUUUCGCCUGCGGAAGAGGUGAUCACGAUUUCCGGAAAUGCCAAUACAAGAGUUACGUGUGCAAGCUUUGCGAUAAGAAGGGACACCUUGCCAAGGUGUGUCCCACUAAGGAUUCGGAGCAACCAAAGGAGAAGAAGAAGCCGUGUGGACAGAAGCGAAGCCCCAGGAUCAGCCAUUUGAGGAUCAACAAGCUGGAAGUGCCCCCACCGGUUAUGGUUGGUAUCAGUGUCAACGGAUGUCCUGUACGUUUUGAGGUGGAUACCGGGAGCCCGGUGAACGCCAUAUCGAAGGAUCUGUAUGACCAGUUGUUUUCUGCGAUACCGUUGGACACCGAUUCGAGAGAGGAAUUCGUCUGUUACAACGGGUCUGGUUUCCGUGCGGUUGGCACAUUCAAGGCGGAGCUGCGGUACAACGAGCACGUGUCCAAGGAAGAGCUCUACGUUUUCGAGGGAACGAGGCAGCCACUGCUCGGACGGCAAACAAUGUGCCGUUGGAAUUUGAAGAUCGAUUUUUGCCACGUGUCGGAGAAGAAGGUUGACUGCAAGGAGCAGUUGAAGCCAUUGCUGCUGAAGCAUGCUGAAGUUUUCGAAGGUGAGUUGGGCUGUUUCAAGCAUGGCAAGGUGCAUUUGUCCCUGAAGGAGGAAGCAGUUCCCAAGUUCUGCAAGCCAAGAAAGGUUCCGUUCGCGUUCAAGGAGAAGGUGGAAGCGGAACUGGAUCGACUGGAAGAGUCCGGCAUUAUUUCGAAAGCGCCAUCGUCAGAAGCAGAAUGGGGUACACCGCUAGUCCCCGUUCUGAAGAAGGAUUCGUCCAUCAGGCUGUGUGCAGAUUAUCGGAUCACGGUCAACCCGUUUUUGGUGGACAACCGUCACCCUUUCCCGGUGAUAGACGAGAUUUUUGCGGCGCUGCAAGGAGGUAAAUAUUUUUCGAAGCUCGACCUGAAGAACGCCUAUUAUCAGCUAGAGGUGGACGCAGACACAAGACAUUUGCUGGCUUGGAGCACGCACAGAGUUGUGUACCUGAUGAACCGGCUGCCAUUCGGAACCAAGACAGCCUGUGCCAUUUUUCAAGCGACGUUGGAGAAAGUUCUACAAGGCUGUCGUGGCACAGUCAGUUAUCUGGACGACGUUAUGGUGUCAGGUAGAACCGUGGAAGAACACCUGGAAAACCUGAAUGCGGUGCUAACGCGACUCAAGGAAGCGGGAUUCGUACUGAACAUGCAGAAGUGCGAAUUUUUCAAACAAGAAGUCGGUUAUCUUGGUCACGUCAUUGACCAGGAUGGCCUGCACAAGGACCCUGAAAAAGUUCAAGCAAUUAUGGAUGUCAAACCGCCGAAGGAUGCCAAGGAAGUUCGAGCAUUCGUGGGCCUAGCGAACUAUUAUGCGAAGUUUUGCCCAAGUUUGGCCCAGUGUAUGAAACCGUUGUACGAGCUGCUGAGGGACGACGUGAAGUUUUCUUGGACGGAGAAUCGGCAGAGAGCGUUUGCAGCCAUCAAGAAGCUGCUCUCGGAGGACACGGUACUGGUGCAUUACAACUCGGACAUGCCGAUCAAGCUCUAUUGCGACGCUUCGAACGAAGGAAUUGGAGCUGUUAUCGUUCAUGAGUUUCCGGACAAGAGUGAACGACCGAUAUCUUUUGCAUCGAGGGUGUUCAAGAAGCACGAAGCAGGAUAUUCCGUGAUCGACAAAGAAGCACUGGCCAUCUAUUACAGAAUCAACAAGUUCAACACUUACCUGCAAGGACGACAUUUCAAGCUCAUGACGGAUCACAAGCCUUUGACAAGCCUCUUCAGUCCUAAGGGUGUUCCGGAGACAGCAGCUGGACGUUUGCAGCGAUGGGCAGUUUUCCUGUCGAACUGUGACUACGAGAUUCAACAUGUGAAAGGAGUUCGAAACGUUCCAGCGGAUUUUUUGUCAAGACACCCCAUUGGUAACGACGGAAGCGAAGAAGACGAGGACGAAGCGGUAAGUUUCCUGAAUUUUGUGGAAGCUGAGACCCGUUCAUUGGUGGAGCGCAAGCAGAUCAUCGUCGAAAGCCGCCGUGACAAGUUGUUGAACCGUGUAGCUGAAUACGUUAAAUCUGGUUGGCCGCAAAUGAUCCAAGAAGAGGACCUGAAGGUUUUCCACCGGAAGCGAGAUGAGCUGAGCGUUGAAGAAGGAGUUCUACUUUGGGGUUACCGGAUUGUAGUUCCUACCAAGCUGAGGAAGUUUUUGCUAGACGAGCUCCAUUCAGUCCACCUGGGGAUCGUGAAGAUGAAGAGUUUGGCCAGGUCAUAUUUUUGGUGGCCAUCCCUGGACAAAGAAAUCGAGGACAUGGGUAAGAAGUGCGAGAUGUGCAUGCAGCAGCGACCAGAGCGAAGCGAUCCAAUUUCUCCGUGGCGUUUAACCAGCGCCCCCUGUGAUCGAGUCCACGUUGAUCAUUUCUCGUUUCGUGGUGCUGAGUUCCUGGUGAUGGUGGAUAGCCACAGCAAGUGGAUCGAGGUGUUUCCAGUACGCACGCUGACUUCGAAGGAAACAGUGGAGAAGAUCUCCGAAUUCAUCGGAAGAUUCGGUUCCAUCGGUACACUGGUGUCCGACAACGGGACUGCAUUUUCUUCGGAGGAGUUUCAAGAUUUUUGUUCAUCCCGGGGAAUCAAGCACUUGCGGACAGCACCCUACAGCCCUUGUUCCAAUGGUGCUGCAGAGAACGCAGUCAAAACAGCCAAGCACGCGUUGAAGAAGCUAUCAUCGGAUCCGGCGUUCCAGCGAAAGUCGGUAUCGUUGCAGUUGAGCGCAUAUCUGGAGAUGUAUCGCGCCACCAAGCACGCGACAACCGGUGAAAGUCCCUUCAAGUUGAUGUUCGGAAGAGAGAUGAGAAUCCGUUUCGACAAGCUGAAGGUAAAUCACGAAAAACGACAACGCGAGAAGAUUGAAGAACACCACCUCAAACAGAAGAGAACGGUAUUCAAGAUUGGUGAGAAAGUCUAUGCAAGAGACUACCGAAAUCCGAAGAAGCCACUAUGGGUACGAGCAAAAAUCGUCAAGAAGAUUGGAGCUGUCCUAUACGAGUGCGUUUCGGACGAUCUAGGAAUUAUCAAGCGCAGGAGCCAUCAGUUGUUGAAAUACCCUUUCGAUGACUAUGACGACGAAGCAAGCCAACCCACAGGCGCAGGUACGCAACCGAAUGAUGCAUCUAGUGAAGAGUCGGAAUACGGCUCGUUGGGCGAGUCAGACACGGAGGAGCGGGCCAGACAGCAACCACCACCGGCCGGGUCGUACGUAACUAGGUACAAUCGAGUUGUGCUGCCACCACGUCGCUUGGGGGAAGAGUAG